CUGGGAGCGAACGCUGGUCAGUUUCCACUUCCGGGGCGGCCGUGUUACGGUCCUGCUGUUUGCACAGGAGAGGAGAAGUCCCGGCACCCGAGUGAGCUCCGCUCCCUGCGGUGACCUCCGUCUCCGCGCCCGGCCGCGUGUGCACCGCACUUGGCCCCGUUCUGUGACCCCGGCGGGCGGCCCUGGGCACUCGGCCCAGUGGCCACGGCGCGAGGGAUGAAUGACUGAGCGAGCGAGUGACUCCCGUCGCCUCCUCCCAGGUGACGGCGCUUCGUCGAGGGGCGCCAGGGCCGCGGGCAGGAUGAACCGAGCCAAACCCACCACCGUACGGAGGCCCAGCGCGGCCGCCAAACCCUCAGGACAUCCUCCCCCUGGAGACUUCAUCGCUCUGGGGUCCAAGGGUCAGGCCAACGAAUCUAAGACAGCCUCCACGCUGCUGAAGCCAGCCCCUUCUGGGCUGCCCUCAGAGCGCAAGCGAGAUGCCUCGGCUUCUCUGACUGGUGCCUCCGCACUGACUGGCCUUACUAAACGCCCCAAGCUGUCCUCCACUCCCCCGCUGAGUGCCCUGGGACGUCUGGCGGAGGCCGCAGUUGCAGAAAAACGGGCCAUUUCCCCCUCGAUUAAAGAGCCGUCUGUGGUACCCAUUGAAGUUCUUCCCACCGUGCUGCUGGACGAGAUCGAAGCUGCUGAGCUGGAGGGCAAUGAUGACAGGAUAGAGGGGGUGCUGUGUGGGGCGGUGAAGCAGCUGAAGGUGACCCGGGCCAAACCUGAUAGCACGCUCUACCUGAGCCUCAUGUACCUGGCCAAGAUCAAGCCCAACAUCUUCGCCACGGAGGGUGUCAUUGAGGCCCUGUGCAGCCUCUUGCGGAGGGAUGCCUCUGUCAACUUCAAGGCCAAAGGGAACAGCCUGGUGUCAGUACUGGCUUGCAACCUGCUCAUGGCCGCGUAUGAGGAGGAUGAGAACUGGCCUGAGAUCUUCGUGAAGGUGUACAUUGAGGACUCGCUGGGUGAGCGCAUCUGGGUGGACAGCCCUCACUGCCGCACCUUCGUGGAUAACAUCCAGACAGCCUUCAACACCAAGAUGCCCCCAAAGAGCGUGCUGCUGCAGGGGGAGGGGGUGCGCAGUGGAGGUGACCUUGGUGCAGGCAGCAGCCCCCAUCCCUCACUGACAGAAGAGGAGGACAGUCAGACGGAACUGCUGAUCGCUGAGGAGAAACUGAGUCCUGAGCAGGAGGGGCAGCUCAUGCCAAGGCCUAGGUACGAUGAACUCACAGAGAGCGUAGAAGAGUAUGUUCUGGACAUGCUUCGUGACCAGCUGAACCGGCGCCAGCCCAUCGAUAACGUGUCCAGGAACCUCCUGCGACUGCUCACAGCCACCUGUGGCUACAAGGAGGUGCGGCUGCUGGCCGUGCAGCGGCUAGAGAUGUGGCUGCAGAACCCCAAGUUGACCAGGCCAGCACAGGACCUGUUGAUGUCUGUGUGCAUGAACUGCAACUCCCAUGGCCCAGAAGACAUGGAUGCCAUCUCUCACCUGAUCAAGAUCCGCCUCAAGCCCAAGGUGCUCCUCAAUCACUAUAUGCUCUGCAUUAGGGAGCUGCUGAAUGCACACAAGGACAACCUGGGUACCACCAUCAAGUUUGUGAUCUUCAACGAGCUCUCCAAUGCUCGCAACCCCAACAACAUGCAGAUUCUCUACACUGUGCUGCAGCACAGCUCUGAGCUUGCGCCCAAGUUCCUAGCCAUGGUGUUCCAGGAUCUGCUGACCAAUAAGGAUGAUUACCUCCGUGCCUCAAGGGCUUUGCUGCGAGAGAUCAUCAAGCAGACCAAGCAUGAGAUCAACUUCCAAGCUUUCUGCCUGGGGCUCAUGCAAGAGCGCAAGGAGCCCCAGUACCUGGAAAUGGAAUUUAAGGAGCGGUUUGUGGUUCACAUCACGGAUGUGCUGGCUGUGUCCAUGAUGCUGGGCAUUACAGCCCAGGUGAAAGAGGCUGGCGUCGCCUGGGACAAAGGAGAGAAGAGAAACCUCGAGGUGCUACGUACGUUCCAGAACCAGAUUGCAGCCAUCCAGCGUGACGCAGUAUGGUGGCUUCACACUGUCGUCCCCUCCAUCAGCAAACUUGCCCCCAAGGACUAUGUGCAUUGCCUCCACAAGGUGCUCUUCACCGAGCAGCCCGAGACCUACUACAAGUGGGACAACUGGCCACCUGAGAGUGACCGCAAUUUUUUCCUGCGCCUCUGCUCAGAGGUUCCCAUUCUGGAGGACACACUGAUGAGGAUCCUGGUCAUCGGACUGUCCCGAGAGCUGCCUCUUGGCCCUGCAGAUGCCAUGGAGCUGGCCGACCACCUUGUGAAGCGAGCUGCAGCUGUGCAAGCUGACGAUGUGGAAGUUCUGAAGGUGGAGCGGAUCCAGCUGAUAGAUGCGGUUCUGAACCUGUGCACCUACCACCACCCUGAGAACAUCCAGCUGCCCCCGGGGUAUCAGCCCCCAAACCUUGCCAUCUCCACCCUCUACUGGAAGGCCUGGCCCCUACUGCUGGUUGUUGCUGCCUUCAACCCAGAGAACAUUGGCCUGGCUGCGUGGGAGGAGUAUCCCACCCUGAAGAUGCUCAUGGAGAUGGUGAUGACCAAUAACUACUCGUACCCCCCGUGCACGCUGACGGACGAGGAGACGCGGACGGAGAUGAUCAACCGGGAGCUGCAGAUCUCUCAGCGGGAGAAGCAGGAGAUCCUGGCCUUCGAGGGCCACCUGGCUGCCGCCUCCACCAAGCAGACCAUCACCGAGAGCAGUAGCCUCCUCCUGUCCCAGCUAACCAGCCUAGACCCCCAAGGCCCUCCCCGGAGGCCACCCCCUCACAUCCUGGACCAGGUGAAGGCCCUCAACCAGUCGCUGCGCCUUGGACACCUGUUGUGCCGCAGCCGUAACCCCGACUUCCUCCUGCACAUCAUCCAGCGCCAGGCCUCCUCGCAGUCCAUGCCAUGGCUCGCGGAUCUGGUGCAGUCCAGCGAAGGUUCCCUGGACGUGCUGCCUGUGCAGUGCCUCUGCGAGUUCCUGCUGCACGAUGCCGCUGAUGCCACUGCCUCAGGGGAGGAGGAGGAGGAGGGCGAAAGCCGGGAGCAGAAGGCCAAGAAGCGACAGAGGCAGCAGAAACAGCGGCAGCUGCUGGGCCGCCUGCAGGAUCUGCUACUGGGCCCUAAAGCAGAUGAGCAGACCACAUGUGAGGUGCUUGACUACUUUCCUCCGGCGUCUGGGCUCCUCACAGGUGGCCUCCAGGGUGUUGGCCAUGAAGGGCUUGUCACUGGUGCUGUCAGAGGGCGGCCUUCGUGACAAGGAGGAGAAAGAGCCCCCCAUGGAGGAAGAUGUAGGGGAGGUAGACGUGCUGCAGGGCUACCAGUGGCUGCUGCGGGACCUGCCCAGGC